UUUCGGUUUUUGGUGCGUUUAUUCGCGGUGCGCAUUCCUGUGCAGAAUUCCGCAAUAUUUUCAGUGGAUGGGUUCCCAAAAACGGACUAUGUCCUCAUCCAAAUCCAAACAGACAGGUAAGAACGGUGAAAAAGAUGUUGCCGCUUCCUGCAGUGCCAGUCUCGGGAGUGAAGCUCCGAAUAGCGCUGGGGAAAAGUGUGACGAUGAACCUCCGCUUCCCAAGCAUUGGGUCAAGAAAGAAUCGAAAAAACGCCCGGGAAAGCACUACUAUUUCAACCUGAAAACCAAAGAAAGUCUUUGGGAACAUCCGAGCCAGACGUCAAUCCUACAAAAGGAAGAACAAAUCAUCCGGAAUGUGUAUGCUGGUUCCAAGAAGGAGAAGCUUUCACCCGUUUCACCUGAAAAAGGCUCAUCCGGAAAUAAAGGCGGCGAGAAGCUGAUGAAGCUUAAGAAUGAGGGUCAAACAAAAAAACGGAACCUGGCAAAUACUCGGUUGGACGCGUUUCGAAAAAUAUUGGAACACGAACGUAAGGAGCUGGUUGAUAACCAGACACAGCAGCUUACACAAAAAAAGGAAAGUACCUGUAAGCCUAGUACUAAAGUAUCAACCAAGACUGAAUCUCCAAACAAAGGAAAACAAAAGAAGGCGGCGCCAAAUUUAACCGAGCAACAGUUAAAUAAUCCGCGUCGGAAAAGAACUAUUAGCCCUAAGGAAAACGCCCCAACGAAAAACGCAAAAAUCAGCGCCAAAAGUCAAACUAUCAGCAAAAGAGUUUCUCCGAGAAGUUUCAACAAACUUAAAACGGAGAUUUGUGAUAAUAUUAGAAGUCAAGUUAAGGAACAAUUGAAGUCGGAAGUUGUACCUUUGAAAGAUUUCAAAAUUCCGAAGAAGCCAAAACAAGAAAAUUUUUCUUCGAUCGUUUGCGAUGACAUAAGUAAACUAUCUCAAGAAAAUAUUGUUAAGACUGAGUUGAAACCUGAUGAUUCUUAUGUAUCGAAAGUUGUUAUUACGGAAGAUACGCCUGAAAUCGUAACAUCCUGCAAACAACUUGUAGAAUGUAAAGCAUACAAUGAGGUUGAUGGACAAGUUACCAACAACAAUUCAACCGAGGUUCCGUCGAAUGCAGUUAGUAACUUAAAGCCGAAUAAGAGUCCCGAAUUUUCAAAACCCUGCGGUCAGAUUGUUUUAGAAGAAUACGCGUACCCCGAAGUCUUCGCAAAGCACCGUAAGCUUGAAACCACAGAGACGCCUUCAAAAAAUAGAUCACAGUCUGUUGCGCCAAUCCUUUGUCAAACACCAGAAAUUCUCGAACCACCACGAAAACCUUAUAAUUUUCCUAUAGCUGCUUCUACACCGAAAAGCAGUGAUACAAAUUUUUAUAAAUCACCUGCAAAUGAUCGUCUGGGCAACAUCCGUCAACAGUUGGCCGAAGAAGUCCAGCUUCAAUCUCAACAUUUUGACGAGGACACGGAAAUGACAGACCUUAGUGAACAGAAUUGUUCGAACGCUCAACAAAACGAUCUAGAGCUGAUGGAUUGGGAUGAUAUUCCAGAAGAAGUAGCUCUGCGGGAAGUUACUGCCAUGCGUCAAAAAGUUACCUCCAACGGUGUAUCACUGGAAUCGAUUGAAACUAACAUUCCCGAAUACCGAGUCCAUCUAUUUGACGAAACAUCUACCUAUCAGCGCUUUUUCUGGAUGAUUAUUGACACCAACAUCUUUUUGUCCAACCAGAAGCCAUUGGAAAAAUUGUUUCAAAAUGGUUUUGCUCACAUUGGCCAGCCAAUCCUCAUCAUUCCGUAUGUAGUUUUACAGGAACUGGACCGUAUCAAACAUCGGGAAAAGGGUAAACCUCUUUCCUAUGCCGCUACGGCAUCUAUCCAUUUCCUCAAUAAACAUCUCAAGUCCAGGGACCCCCGCAUCAAAGGACAAUCGGCGCUAGAGUCGGUCCAAUCGUUGAUCCCGAUUGAAAAUCCCGACGACAACAUCAUCAAUUGUUGCCUCCAGGUGCGCCAGAUAAUCACCGGUUCCGGCACCGAACUGAUGCUGCUGUCCAACGAUGUCAAUCUGCGCAACAAAGCUCUAGUCAAUGGGAUUCCGUCGUUCGGGUUUGCAGAGCUGGCGGCCGAAGCCGAUCGGAUACGGUUUGCUGCGGAUGUCGAUUCGGUGACCGGAAGCAGAUGACGACCGUUUUUUGGAUUUGUUCUCGAUACGGGAAGCUAGUGAUAGGACUAGUCUCCAAGAGACACCACGCGAAAUGUUAAAAAUUCCCGACAGAAUUACCUAUAUAUUUUUCUAUUACCUGAGGUAGUUUUAAGAUAUUUUUUUUGUUGAAAUGAAACAUUGUUAUAGAAAAGUUGA